CGCCGUGGGCGGGUGGAUGGCCUGUUUAUAAACCCAGAUCUUUCCUCGUGGGCGGGAACAGCAACAGUAGAGAGUGAAAGCGCAGGGGGAGAGUGAGAGAGACGGUGGAGAAGAAGAGGCUGUGGUGGCGGCUGUGGCUGACCGGGGAUUGCGGAGGGGGCGAGGCGGCCGCCCCUGAAUGCCUCUUCAACCGCGCAUGGACGACCACCUCAGCCUCCUGCAAUCACCCCCGCCGAGCGUUGCCAAAACCCAGGGCGAUAAUCUGGUGAACCACGGAUACACCGAGACAGAGACCGACGUGAUGACGGUGGUCGCGUGUGACAACAUGCUAGAAGAGUCGGCAGCUCUCCCGGGCCACCACUCUCUGGACCGAUAUGAACCGGAUCACGAAUGCUGCGAGAGGGUGGUCAUCAACAUCUCGGGGUUACGCUUCGAGACCCAGCUCAAGACUCUCUCCCAGUUUCCAGAGACCCUGCUGGGGGACCCCAAGAAGAGGAUGAGGUACUUUGAUCCUCUCAGAAACGAGUACUUUUUUGAUCGAAAUCGACCCAGCUUUGACGCUAUUCUUUAUUACUAUCAGUCUGGCGGGCGCAUCAGAAGACCCGUUAACGUGCCCAUUGACAUUUUCUCUGAGGAGAUCCGCUUCUAUGAGCUGGGUGAGGAGGCUAUGGAGAAGUUCAGGGAGGAUGAGGGCUUUAUAAAAGAGGAGGAGCGACCGUUGCCAGAGAAUGAAUUUCAAAGACAGGUGUGGCUGCUUUUUGAAUACCCAGAGAGUUCGGGACCCGCGCGGGGCAUAGCAAUAGUGUCUGUCCUGGUUAUUCUCAUCUCUAUUGUCAUCUUCUGCUUAGAGACACUGCCAGAGUUCAGGGACGACAACAGGGAUCCAAUCACCAUUGCACCUGUGAUUAAUGGCACACUCCCGUAUUUCACCAGCCCAUUCUCUGACCCUUUCUUUGUUGUAGAGACGUUGUGUAUUAUUUGGUUCUCAUUCGAGCUGUUGGUGCGCUUUUUUGCGUGCCCUAGUAAAGCCACGUUCUCCAAAAACAUCAUGAAUAUUAUUGACAUUGUGGCUAUCAUUCCCUAUUUCAUCACUCUGGGCACAGAGCUGGCAGAGAGACAAGGAAACGGACAGCAGGCCAUGUCAUUAGCCAUUCUGCGCGUAAUUAGGCUUGUUCGGGUAUUUCGCAUCUUCAAACUCUCGCGUCACUCCAAAGGGCUCCAGAUUUUAGGACAGACUCUGAAGGCCAGUAUGCGUGAGCUGGGUCUCCUCAUCUUCUUUUUGUUCAUCGGUGUCAUCCUCUUCUCAAGUGCUGUCUAUUUUGCUGAAGCAGACGACCCAGAUUCGGGAUUCAGCAGCAUCCCAGACGCAUUUUGGUGGGCUGUUGUCACCAUGACUACCGUGGGCUACGGGGACAUGCACCCCGUGACAAUCGGGGGAAAGAUUGUGGGGUCUCUCUGUGCCAUCGCUGGUGUGUUGACCAUUGCUCUGCCCGUGCCUGUCAUCGUCUCUAAUUUCAACUACUUUUAUCACAGGGAGACGGACGGGGAAGAGCAGGCACAGUACCUGCACGUGGGCAGCUGCCAGCCUCUCGCGGACACAGAGGAGCUGAGGAAGUCUCGCUCCUCUUCCUCACUCAGCAAGAGCGAGUAUAUGGUGAUAGAGGAGCACGGGAUCAACAGCGCGUUCAAACAGCAGCCCAACUUCCUCACCACCACGCCAAACAACUCGCAGAAUUGUGUGAAUUAUAUAAACAAAAAGAUUUUCACCGACGUGUAGCCAAUUAGUGUCAUAGUUCUGAACGCAGGAAGGGGUAGUGUGUAAACACACAGCUGUUUCUGUCGCUAUGCUACGGCGUGCGGAAGCAGUGGUAUAUCAGAUGAAUAAACAAAGGAAUAAUGAGGGAGGGAAAGAAAAAUCCUGUCUGUUCAGAGACGUGGCUUUGUGCUCCAUUAAAAAAAAAAAAAAUGUCCUUUUCAUUUCGGUGAUGAGGAUUCAUAAUUCAGUUUUACUUUCGCGCUUGGAGAUAAAGAGCUCAUUUAUAAUUAGCUCAAAUAUUAGGUCUACUAUUCUUCUGUAAGUUAGGGAAUUGACCUAUUGUGCGUUGUGAAAUAGCCAAUACAUUAUCACAACAGGUAGUAGAAGCUUUAUAACUGUGAAAGGUGAGUACACGUAUGGUACUCACAUUGUAUUAACAUGUGUUAUGAGUCGUGAUUCGUCAGUCAUAGCCUAUGUAUAAUAUUCUGAAUCAUUUAAAUAUGUUUGAGUGUUUUAACACAUGCAAUGUCACAGUUUUGCAUAUAUUAUCUAAAUUAGACCGUUCUGUGAGAUGACUUAAUUGUGCGUUAAAGUCUAGUCCAAAUGUUACUGUCUUUAAAUGAAAUCCCCUAAUCCUUUCAUAAACUGUCACGGUGGGCUAUAAACACAGGGGGCCGCCUACUGUCAGUCAUUAUCGUUGCAGGACACACGUGAGAGCGGAUAAACACAGUGCACACAUAUAGCAAUCAAAGAUGGAGCGUGCUUCUCUUUGGAUGCCUCAAAUAUAGCUAUGCCUGCUGUGAUGCAGUCGCCAUGGAGACGUCCGUUUCUCGGUAACCCCAGUCACCGUUGCCAUGGCACCCUUGUUUCCACAGAAACCUUCCAGAUGGCUUGGAAGCUAUAUCGAAGAUUGUUAUCAGAAAAGCUUGUCUUGAGUCUCGAAUAAGACAUCACGAUUUGCGUGCGUGAAAUACAAGCCCAAAACAUACGGAGUCACUAUGGCCAGUCACCACGCUCACUCAGUGGCUCCAACAUUGACACACAAAACAAGUUGGAUUUGCCACUAUGAAAUGCGUCCCGAAAUGAACCACGCACCACUUGGAGAAGUGCUAAACCGGAAGAUGUGGAAGGGGAGGCAGCGCGUGAGGAAUUAUGAAUGAACUGGGAGCACGUUGUGUCUGGCCGUGCAGAGUGCAGUACUGCAGGCGCUCAGCAGAGGCUGCUCUUCUCCCACUGAUAAACAUGGUGCCAUUGCAGUGUGCCCAGGUUGUCUUUAACCUUCAAAUGACUGAAUAAGGGCACCAACAGCAUGCCCACCCAACUUGUCUCAGUGCUGCCCCCUGGUGGCUACCAUCUCCUUAAAGAACAGGUGGCUCACCUGAUGUCUCUGACAAUAUUUGCCAAUGAUGUCAAAAAGAUUCAGAGGUGAAAGUAGUUCCAUUUUUCUGCACAGACCUGGAACCCUGACGACCCCAAUUAUACUGCCUCUCAUUUAGGGGCGCAAUGAAUCUGGUCUUCCUGAUGAGCCAGAUUGGCCGAAGUAAAGAGUUGAGACAGAACUCCCACUGGAUCAAUAUUUCUUCCCCUACCCUCCUCCUGACUGGUGUCCUUAAACCCAGACUGGGUGCCUACCAGUUCUCCCCUUCCAAUGGAACACCACUCAAUCCAAAAUGCAAUUGCUUUAAUGACAAAAAAAAAACCAGACGUAUAUAUGUAUAUGUAUUCCACAUACAGUUUUGUAGCUGCAGUUUUCUGACUGCUUUUCUUCUGGAUUUGACACACUGUGAGCUGAUCGAUCAUGGAGUCAAAAUGGAUUCAGGCAGGAGAAUUCAGCUGGAACUGUUCUAUGGACUCUGGCCUUUUUCUAUACUGCUUUCCAAAUAAAAUUCCAAAGGACGGGUUUAAGAAAAAGCCCGCAAUAUUGCAAAAAUUCCUGGUAUUUAACGCAGAUUUCUACCCAUUGUAUUCUUGUCUUAAGGUAAUGAUAUUCAUUAUGGACAAUAACUUAAAAACAGAUUUUGCUUCAAGUCAAAAGUGGCAAAAACUGAGGCGGACCAUAAUUUGCUGAUAUGAAACUGUGAUACAAAUCAAAGACUGUUAGCCAUAUGCCUUUUGUUAGCUCUGUGUACUCUGUAUUGCUAACUGAUACAAACUCCUAUGUAUGUGUGCCUGGUUGCAGCUUUUCCCCUGUCAUAUACACAUGGAGAACAAUACAGAGGCAUAUAUAUAUAUAUAUAUAUAUAUAUAUAUAUAUAUAUAUAUAUACACACACAACACACACACACACACACAUAUACAUGUGCCUGUGUAUGGCUCUGUUUUAUCCCAGAUUAGACUGAUGUCUUGGGAUGGGGCAGAAUAUCACCAGGGGAAGGUUGUGUACGCCAGUAUUUGUUCUGUACUAUGGUGUGCUGUCUUAAACAUGACCCAUAUAAAGAGA